AUGCCUCCAGAGCGACUGCUCUCAGACCUCGUGCAGGACUCCAAAAUCGAAACUGUCGUAACCCCUCAAUUUACCGAGCACGUAUACUACAGCACUGGACACACUGCACGCGAAAGACUGGUGCGCAGAACAGAGCGUUGGUUUCGCGAUGGCCCCACAGCCUUCCUCGGCCAAGGGGCUUUUGGCACCGUCUACCGAGAGAGGUGCGAUCAGAGGUUGAGGGCCGUAAAGGAGGUCAGGAAAUAUGUCGUGGUCGGAGAAGAGUUGGAUUAUUCGAGGGAACUCGAGGCCAUUGUCAAGUUCUCUCACCCAAAGGUCUGA